AUGGAAUCUCUACAAUUUGACUCAUCUCAUGUUUACUUUGGAAUGACCAGAAAGGAAAUUAUUCUUUAUAAAAAGCGGAAAAAGUUGCUGCUCUUGGUCUGCCCAUCCACACUGGCUCGUCAUGGACUACCUACCCGAUUGACUGGACGCUGUCGUGAUAUUUUGAAGAGAGCAGAACGUCGAGGUGAACUUAUCGUCUUAGAUGUCAACGAAUAUAACACGAGCAAGGUCUGUUCAAGAUGCGGUGAAAAAGCUUUUUUUUUUAUCUGUCGGUGUUCUCAAUUUCAAAUGGAAAAAACUCUAUCAUGA